CACAAACUCACUCUUCUCUCUUAUUCACACACCCAUAUCAAUUCCAUUUGGCCAAUCAUAUCACUGGGCGGCCAUGGAUCAUCAAUAUCCCAAACAAACCCUUAUCACUAACUUGGCUCUCUUCUCUCUUCUCCUUUCUUCUUCUCUUCUCCUUCUCUCUCUCUCUUUCUCCCACCCUUUACUUUCCCUCCCCCGCCACAAAAAACAGCAACAACCACCACCUUCUUCUUGCAGGCUCUCACCCAACUCGUCAUCUUCUGCGGCCAUUGAUGAAGCUGGAGAUGAGCUCGAUGCAGCUCUGGCUCGAGCAACAAUGGGGGAGAAGAAGAAGAAGACAGUGAUAAUAACAGUGAUAAACAAGGCGUAUGCAGAAGCUGACGUGGAACCAGGCACUGCCAUGCUGGACCUGUUCCUCGAAAGCUUCUGGGUGGGAGAAGGCACAAGACCUCUGGUUGAUCAUCUCCUGAUCGUGGCGGUUGAUCGGACGGCGUACGAGCUUUGCCAGUUUCGACGGCUGAUCUGCUACAAAUUGGAAACAGACGGCGGAGAUUUAGAGACAGAGAAAGUGUACAUGUCCAACGACUUCAUCGAAAUGAUGUGGGCGCGAACUUAUUUCCUCUUAGAGGUGCUCAAACGAGGUUAUAACUUCGUCUUCACGGAUACAGAUGUAAUGUGGCUUAGAAACCCCUUUAGUAGAUUAAGCAAGAACAAAAGUGAAGAUCUUCAAAUCAGCACAGACAAGUACUUGGGAGAUCCAUGGUCAGAAAAUCACUUGAUCAACACUGGAUUUUACUUCAUUCGAUCAAACAACAAGACCAUUUCAUUGUUUGAAACAUGGUACUCAAAGAAGCACAAUUCCACGGGACAAAAGGAACAAGAUGUUCUAUUGGAUCUCAUAGGACGUUAUGGAAUAAUUGCAGAAUUAGGACUAAGGGUUAGGUUCUUGGACACCCUUUAUUUCAGUGGCUUUUGUGAGGAUAGUAAGGACCUUAGGGUUGUCGCCACCGUCCACGCCAAUUGUUGCCGGAGCAUUGCCGCCAAGGUAAGGGAUCUCAAGGUGGUUCUCCGUGAUUGGAAGCAAUUCAAGAAGCUUGUGUCUUAUAAGAGAUUGGCGAACACUAAUUUGACAGCUAAUUACCGAUGGAAAGGACACUUUGGAUGUUGGAAUUCAUGGAAUGCGUCACUAACAGUGUAAAUUAGGGUUACAAAUUAUUGUCUUGAAGGAUUUAAAUUCACCAAUUAUGAGUCAGGAUAAAUGUGAUUGUUUUUGCUGUGAUAAGUUGUUUAUUUGUUUUGACGUAGCUAUUUUAGA